AUGCUGGAAACAGCUCGAGAGCUCACAUUAGAGGCUGCCCAGUCCGCUGCUAUCAAUCGGACCUCAAGCACCGACUAUACCUCGCGAACAUACAGCCCCGCGCACAUCAAGAAGCUCCUUGAUAGUCGCCAUGAGCGGGAAGUUCUGGAUGGAAUGCGGAGGGUCAUCUCGUUGAUGUACCGGUCCGAGCCCUCCCUUACUUUCUUUUCAGCGGUUGUCAAGAAUGUGGCCAGCGCCAGCCUCGAAGUCAAGAAAUUGGUCUACAUCUACUUGGUCCAUCAUGCGGAGGCGGAGCCGGAUCUGGCACUACUGUCCAUCAACGCGAUCCAGAAAUCACUGACAGAUUCAAGCCCACAGGUUCGAACAAUGGCGCUUCGGACUAUGUCGGGAAUUCAGGUUCCGGUGAUCAGCCAGAUUGUGUCGCUGGCUAUCAAGAGAGGAUGUGGAGAUAUGAGUCCACACGUGCGCAAAGCGGCUGCUUUGGCUAUUCCAAAGUGUUAUCGUCUGGACCCGAACACGCUGCCACAACUGAUGGGAUAUCUUGAGAUACUUUUGGGUGAUUCUCAAUACUUCGUCGUCGGCCCCGCAGUCGCGGCAUUCUUGGAUUUGUGUCCGGAGGAGAUUGACUUAAUCCACAAGCACUAUCGCAGCUUAGUCAAGAAGCUGGUUGAUAUGGAUGAAUGGGGCCAGCUAGCAACGCUGCGCCUGUUGACAUUUUAUGCGCGAAAGUGUUUCCCUCAACGAACUCAGAAGGUCAAGCACACAGCCCCGGCGGCAUUCUAUGACGAUGAGAAGCAGCAACAGGAUAACCAGGAUGAUGUCGAAGAGUACGAAGUUCCGGUAAUGGAUCCUGAUCUUGAGCUUCUACUCCGGGCCUGCAAGGUUCUACUGCAGAGUCGAAACUCCGCCGUCAUUGUCAGCGUUGUCCGUUGCUUCUUUUACCUUGCUCCAUCAGAAUAUAUUGCGACAGCAGUUGGUCCCCUUGUGGCUCUCUUACGAACCCCAGAGGACAUGCAACUCAUCGCCCUGUACAACAUUGUUGCCGUUGCUCUAAGGGUUCCUAAGCCUUUCGCGAGAUACACGGCCCAUUUCCUUGUCCACGCCAACGACCCACCGCAUAUAUGGCGCCUCAAACUGGAGGUAUUAACUAUCCUGUUCCCACAUUGUGGAAAACACUGGAAGGGAGUCAUAAUCAGCGAACUAGAGCACUUUUCGAAAGGCACAGAUCCUGAGCUAGUACGAGAGAGUGUACGAGCCAUUGGGCGUUGCGCGCAAGCAGACACAAGUACCGCAAGCAUGUGCCUACGGAUACUUCUCGGCCAGAUAUCUAGUCCAGACGGCAACCUUGUGUCAGAGUCACUAACUGUCAUCCGUCACUUGAUCCAACAAGAUCCAGCCUCACAUAAAAAUACUGUUCUCCAGCUUGUCAAGCACCUGGGCUCAACAACCCACCCAGACGCACGAGCUACCAUUAUCUGGCUGGUUGGCGAGUUCGCUGGAAUUGAUCCAGAGAACAAUAUUGCGCCUGAUGUCCUCCGCAUAUUAAUGAAAGGAUUCGCAGAUGAGAUGGAAAUUGUCAAACAGCAAAUUGUUCUCCUUGGUGCUAAGGUGUAUUUACACCAUCUUUUGCAGAAUCCACCAAAGGAACAGCCGGAACAAAUUGCAUCGCAGCCAUUCCCUGAAGUUCCCGCCAAGUCCCAGCAAGAGUUCCACAACGAAUGGACUGAUAAUGGGAACGAUGAAUCACAAGAUGCCGAGCGAACUGAAGGAGAGGAGAGCCGCCAAGAAAAUGACGGUGCUGAACCGAAGCAAACAGAAGAAGCAACCGAAGACCGUAUUACGCUAUUAUGGAGGUAUCUCCUCCUUCUCGCACGCUAUGACACCUCUUACGACCUACGUGACCGGGCGCGUCUCUACAAGAGCCUCUUGGAAACACCCUCUUCCACCCAACUUGCCAACCUUCUCCUCCUGGCACCAAAGCCAGUACCCCAUGCCCCCAGCCCAUCCGAGACGCGCAAGGACCUGCUCAUCGGCUCCGCUACUCUCGUCGUUGGCCCCGAUGCUGGUUACCACGGACUUCGAGGCUACACGAAUCUCCCAGACUGGGUUGAGCCUGGCCAGGAACCCAACCCCAGCCUCCGCACCGAAGAUGUGAAACCAGACACAUCUAGCAACACCACCUCCAUGACUGCAGGUGACCGCCUUGACAAAGCACUGCGUGAACACAAAACCACUUCUAUUCCAAGUCGGGCCCGAAACGGUCCAGCUAUGCCUUUAGACCCGGCUGGGAAAAAGACUCUUGAUCAGUGGCUACAAGAGGAGGAAGAGGAAACCGAGACAGAAUCUGAAACGGAUUCCGAGGAAGGCGAAACUGAUUCAGAGGAAGAGGAGACGGACUCGGAAGAAGAGUCUGACUCAGAAGAGGAAGAUGAUGAGUCUGAAGAAGAGACUGAUUCUGAAACAGAAGCUGUUCAUAAAGAAGCACAGCAACUGCUUCGAUAA